AUGGAUAUUAAUGCUUCAAGCUACAAAACAAAUGAUCAGUUUCCACCACGUACCAACACUAACUUACUACGCGUGUAUAGUAAUCAAAUAUGUCCCUACGCUGAAAGAGCCCUGCUAGUUUUAGCUGCUAAAGAUAUCGAGCACGAGAUAAUCAACGUGAGCUUAACGGACAGACCAGGGUGGCUUUUUGACCUAAACCCGCUUGGUAAAGUGCCCAUCAUAGAGUUUGGUGCCGACAACAAGGUGUUAUACGAAUCGCUAAUAGUGUGCCAAUACCUGGACGAGGCUUACCCCGAGACCCGAGCCCUUCAACCCCGCGACCCCUACCAGAGGGGAACCGAUCGACAGAUUAUCGACGCCCUGUGCGCCGAUAUAAGCGCUUUGAGGCACAAGUAUUUGCCUGUCGAUGAUUUGGCCGCCGUUUGGCCGGAGAUCGCCAAUAGGUUUAAGAAAGUGGACACUUUGUUGGCUAAUAAAAGGGUCGACAACCGGUACCUGUCAGGUGACGCAUUGCCCGGUCUGAUAGACUACUGUGUGUGGCCAUUCAUUGAGCGCAUACCAACUAUGGUAGACCUCGCGGGCCAUAACGCGGCCCACUAUUUGGUUAAAGAGUUGCCAACAGUUCACGACUAUAGUCAACAAAUGUUGGCCGACCCGACCGUUCAGAAAGUUAGCCUU